AUGUUUGGGUGAGGUCUUACUUUUCAAUCAUUUUUUAAAAACAGUUUUAAAGUUUAAAAAAUUAAAAUUAUUGGUUCUUAUUUUAAAAAUACUGUUCAUUUUUUAGAAUCAGGUUUAUCAUCUCCCUAAUCGUCGCCAUCGUCCUACAGAACGCUUACUCGAAUUCUCAGCCAGCUAAUAUAGCGGAUGGUUUUCGUCGAUACCAAGCAUUGACUGUUUCGUCACCGUCGUAUCGGCCAGUUUACGUUGGCGGUGGAAUCUACGACGUGUAUGAGAAACCGGUAUCGCAUGACGAAGAGGCCACUACAGCUCAAGCGGAUGUAAAUUAA